CCCCCCCCCUUUCGUACGCCCCUGUUGGGCUCUGUUGGGCGGAGCCACAGCAGACAAACCUGGCAACCCGGACAGUUGAUUUUGUUAACACUUGACUGAUGAAGAUGGGGGAUAUGGAGGAGCUCAACGAUGAAGAGAAGGUUCGUAUCGCAGCUAACUUUGUGCUGCACGCUCCUCCAGGAGAGUUCAAUGAAGUCUUCAAUGAUGUACGACAGCUGCUCAACAAUGACAAUCUCCUUAGAGAGGGCGCAGCACAUGCCUUUGCCCAAUAUAACAUGGAUCAGUUCAUCCAUGCCAAAGUGAAUGGAUAUGAAGAUCGGGUCCUGAUAACAGAACACGGAGACCUUGGCAACGGCCGCUACUUUGACCCCCACAAUAGGAUCUCCUUUAAAUUUGACCACCUGAGGAAAGAGGCCAGUGAUGCCAAACCCCAUGAGGGCGAGGCUUCUCUGAGGUCAUGGAGAGAUGCCUGUGAUUCUGCCCUGAGGGCCUACGUCAAGGAGCACUACCCUAAUGGAGCCUGGACUGUUUACGGGAAGACGAUUGAUGGGCAGCAGACCAUUAUCGCUUGUAUUGAGAGUCAUCAGUUUGAGCCGCAAAACUUCUGGAAUGGUCGUUGUCGAUCUGAGUGGAAGUUUAGCGUGUCGCAGUCUACAGCAGAGGUGGUGGGAGUCAUGAAAAUACAGGUUCAUUAUUACGAGGAUGGAAAUGUUCAGCUGGUCAGUCAUAAAGAUGUGCAGGAGCCUCUGACGGUGUCUAAUGAGAGCCAGACAGCCAAAGAGCUGGUGAAAAUUAUUGAAGAGGCAGAGACCAACUACCAGUUGGCCAUCAGUGCGAACUACCAGACCAUGUCCGACACCACCUUCAAGGCCUUACGCAGACAGCUCCCUGUGACCCGCACCAAGAUCGACUGGAACAAGAUCCUCAGUUACAAAAUUGGCAAAGAGAUGCAGAAUGCAUAGAGGACAGAGACCCCGUCUCCCGAUGCCUGAUGUGUCUGUGUCUCCGCACAAUCUUCAGCAUGUCUCCACGACAUCACGGCUUGUGUCAAACGGAUGCCUUUAUUUAACGAGACUCUAGAGAAUCUAAUGUUCGUGGCUUGGUAGAAAUACAUAGAUACAGCAUUUUAUUUGUAUUUAUCAGUGACACUGUGAGACACGGGCCUGUCCUUCAAACGCAGUCAGGACGUGUGUCAUUGUUGUCAGUGCUACCAAACACGUCUGUAUGCUCCCAAAAUAUAUUCAUCCAGAACAAAAAUAUAUAUAUAGAGAGAGAAAAAAAUAACUGCUAUUCUUUUAGAGCUUCCAAUACCUCCACAGUUUCUUAUGUUAUUAACAGAGAUGCUGUUUGACUUGUUACCAGCUGCAGAGACUUGAAAACAUUCGUGCAUUUGUGACAUAAUGGAAAAGUAUUCAUGUCUUUUUUUGUUUCCUCCCUGCUAAAUAUAUAAUAUAUUAUUCUUUAUUUUGAUUUUACAAGGGAAUAUUUGAAUGAACAUCCCUAAAAGCACACACACAAACUUAUGAGUUGUGAGUACAUCACAUAGACAUAAUGCAUUCCCUAACCUUAAAUAUUACAAAUGUAUGCCAAAUCCUAAUCCUUAAUUCUAAUUCUAACCCAGAUCUAAUUCCUUUCCUAAACUACAAAAUACACUCAUUCCUAAUAGAUCCUGAGACAUGUCCCCACGAGGACAAAGGGUCCUCCCUAGAAAUGAUGUUGUCCCCACAAGGAUAGUACACAUAGACACACACACACAAUCAAAAUGUUAGUCUUCAUUAAUUUCCUCCUUGGUACAUGGGUAGACUUUCUUAUUAACCACACCCUGAGUACACACACACACACACACACACCCAGUCAAAUGUAUUAAUGUCUUGCUUGGCAUUUUCAUUUACUAUAUAUUUUUUACAAACUGUGAGUACAAGAUAAUAUUCUUGAAAUAAAUGUUUUCUUUCAGUACAUAA